GUACGCGCGUCACCAGCGCACAGAGGAGCUUCCCGACGCGAGGGGAGGAUGGAAAGAUGUGUGGAUCACGACCGUGGGAGGCUUUGAAUGUCACAAUACACGCAGCUAAUUGACGCUCUACUUGUACGGGAUAUGUUUCCACCCUUUGUGUGAGCAGCUGCUGUGGAUUUGAUUCACACAUCCAGCGCCGCCUUUUCGCGUCUGCUGCGUGGACCGUAAAACCUCGGCUCGGUCCCUCGCGGUUAUGUUGUAGUUUUACUCGGACGAAGCUUUUUUUUCUGUUUGGAUCCAGGAAAUGUUGGCAUGGCCGCUUCGGGAGCACAGAAGUGUCCGAAGAGUGAGAAGUUGGACGAGGCGCAGGCUUUGGCCAAGAGCUGCGCGGGGAGACCAGACUUCCUGCCUUGUGAUGGGCUCUCCAUCUGCGCUACCCACAGCCACGGGAAGUGCUUCAAGCUGCACUGGUGCUGCCACUUGGGCUGGUGUCACUGCAAAUAUGUGUACCAGCCCAUGACCAAUGUGUGCCACCUGCCCAGCACGACCGUGCCAGCUGUUGGGACGGAGUACAGUAACACCAUGGACCUGUCCGUCUCUCUGGCUGAGCGCUUCCUAAAGCUUGCCCCGUGCUUCCAGUCCCCGCCUCACCUGGAGUCGCCCAAAUACUGCGUCAUUGCGGACCUGUUUGUGGAUGACUACAUUGUCAAACGCAUCAACGGGAAGAUGUGCUAUGUGCAGCGCCCCCCGCCUCCUUUACCAGAACCACCUCAUCCUCCCACCCCUCCCCCACCUGCUCCCACCACACCUCAGAUGCCCCAAAAUCCCCCUCAGCCUCAGCAACCGGUGAAGCCCGCACCUCCCACCCAACACGCACCUGCGCCUGUGCAGCCGGUUCAGCAUGUGUACAGUGAACACAAACAUCUUUCCCCCGUUGAUAAGAUAAAAGGCCCAAAAAUGGACCACUGCUCCUCUCCAUCCAGCUCCGAGGACUCUGGCAUCAACGCGCUGGGUCUGCACUACUUGGAGUCCUGCGAGGAGGAGAGUGAGGAGGAGGAUGACGACGAGUUGAGCACAGACGGGAACUCCAGCCCAGGCAGCCUCUGGGAUCAGGACGACUGUUCUCUGCUCUCCCCCUCCAAGUCAAUGAUAGAGAUCAUCGAAAAGAUCGAAACAACUGUGUAACUGACACAACAUCGACAUGGACACCAGCUGUGAGCGAGCGAGAGCUACAGAGCAGAAUUAUUGAGAAUAACACUCGAGGAUUUAUUCUACAUAGACCAACAGGACACAAACCCCUCUCUAACGCUUCAGCAGGGCUUCGCUGGGUUGUUAAGCUGAAUUUGUUUUCCUGCAGGUGGCCGAGGACUGUACAUCCGCACUGACACACAGCCUCUCCUCUGUCCACAUCCCCUGCAUGGACUGAAUUUCUAGAACUUAUUAUAAUGCAGGAGAAAGGCACAAGCACAAGAAUAUCAAGCACAUGCACAGUGGACCAAAUAGACCUCCUGUUCUGACACAGUCAAAAAUGGAAAAUACAAAAAGAAUUAGUAGUAGGUGCACUCAAAAGGAAAGUAAUUAAAAAAGUAAGACUUUUUUUCUGAGAUUUCUCUGUAGGUAUGUGUGACAGGAGCUGAAUUUUGUAUGAACAAAGGAAGUAUAUGUCAGUUUCCUGAUGAUGAUAAUGAGCAGUUAGAUAAUUGUAAGUGUUCUCCAGUCGUCAAUCUGGCCGUCAGACUUUAUUCUAAUUCAACAUUUAAGUGGCACAUAAGCGUGCAAUUUCUUGCUCUCCGGUCAAUGGCUCCACCCACACGUAUGAGUAAUUCUGACACUUCAGCAUAAUAACUACAAGGCCAUCUACCUCUCAUGGGGCCUAAUGCACAUCAGCCUUUUAACCUGUUAAUUACUCAGCAGCUCGGAGCUGCUGGGACACACCUGCUUUUGUCACGUCAAAAACAAAAAGAUCCCCGGGCCCACAGUUUGUGUGCACUUUACUGACACCAACACGAGCAUUAGGUAGGUAGGUAGGUCAGUGUUCGACAAUCAUGGAUUACACAGAAGCACAUUCCUAUACUGCACCUGCCAGUGAGGGCCAAGGGUACUCUUAUUAAACCAUUUAUCAGACAUUUACACAUGGUUCUGACCACCUUUUCUGGUAAAGCUGCAGCGAACUGCAGUGCUGUUCAAGGUUAAAUGGGGCGUUAAGCAAAACAUGGCUUGUAUUGACCUCUAUUAGCAGCCAAGAAAUUAAAUAGCACGGACGUGUUUCUGGCAGGGUGACAAAAGUAGGAGUCACGCUGUCACAGCAGAAACUAGCAAGAAGACACCUAGUGAAGAGGGAAUAUAUCUAAUAUAUAUAUACAUAUAAACUUAUAUAACAAUAAAACUGCAUUGUUAUUUGCUUUUUGGGCUUGACAGUGAAAUGUCUUGUGACGCCAGCUGAAAGGGGAGGUUUGGAAAGGUGUGCAGGCUAGAUUAGUAUGUCACAGUUAUUUUGUGCAACGGGGCAGAAAAGUGUCACUUAACACACCUUUUAAAGGAAAUUUCAGUAUGGAAUAGGAUGCAGAGUAGGUGUUGUGAUGUUGUGAUGGACAUGAUGUUAUAAGAAAUGCACUCAAGUAUAAAAAUUUGUGAGACAGCCCCUUAUUAGUCAGUUAUUCAAAUGAAGAUGGGCUGGGUCUUAUUUUAUUUUUAUGUUUAAAGAGUUAUUUCCUGGAGAGUUAUCUGCAAAAAUCACUAAAAAUAUUCACAAGUAUGUAUUGCUUCAAUGAUAUGCUAGAUGUUUUAAAAAGUCAUUUUGCAUGACUGCAUUGAUUUGCAGAAGUCCCUCAUGUAAAAAAAAAAAAAACAACAACAAACAAUUAACCAAAUUUGUGAUUCAAACGGUGAACAAAUCCUGUAUCUGUCAUUCAAUUCAAUUGUUCGUAAUUUAGGAACAGCCCUUGACAUUACACUGAACACAGUCCCUCUUGAUGCAGUUUAAAACAUCUGUUAUGUUCUUAUUAUUGUUAUAUUAUUUUCAUAUGAAUAAAUCUUAAUAAAAGUCA